CGCUCUUUUUGCAUAUUCAUGUCGGCGGUUUUCGCAGCUGAACUGACAUCAUUCGUGCCAUUGUAAAACACCCGCCUUGCUUGAGGUUGGUAGGGAAGUUCGACACCAGAUCAGGGCCCACACAAUGAGUUUUGACCAGCAGGUCGGGCGGUGCAGGCCGAUCGCUCAAGGUUAGAGGUCGCCGGGUUCGGACUCCAUGGACGUGUGCACCGCCUCUUCAGCAAGAGGGGCUUGACAAAGCAGUCGUUCUGAUCGCCGGGCGUGGUUCCAGUUUCGCCUUGGGCAUCCGGCCACAUGCCAAGCAACUGUGUCGAGAUCUCAUGCAAUGCCCGGCGGGCGUUGUGGCCGUGCGGUUUUUAGUCAGUUGUGGAGGUGUGAUAUGAUUGCACUGUAAUCUCCAGCGACCGAUCACGGUGUGAUAUGCAUACGGGCCACAGCCCCAGGCGCAAACCAGGUGGUUCACCUGGCCGAAGGCAAGCCGCCGCGCUGAACAGGUGGGGUGCGCCAUGGGGACCUGCGCGACCAGGACCCAAGUCAUCCGCACCUUGCGGACAUCGAAGUGAUUUGACCAUGUGAGCUGGAAGCCGAAGUUGAGAGGUGUGAAUGAAGCAGCGGGACAAGCCGCGUAAAGCCAGUCAUUGUGUGUGGGUGUGCCGUGUGUGCUCGAACAGCAAGGCCAUGUUUGCCGCGCAGCCUGAAACGCGCUUUCAUUUGCUGGAUCAAGGCUUCACGGUGUGGCAUGCAAUGUUGAAGCCAGAGCGAGCCGAAGCCCAGUUGCGAAGGCUGGAGGGGCCCGGAAGCGUGCUGACAGCAGUGAAGGCCAUCCUAGGCGGAGGAGCCCGACCUGCGGCGAGCAAAGAAGCGAAGCCGCCGAAGAAGGCGGGGCUUGGCCCAGUGCAGCGCUCGGCAUUUCGGGGCUACCAGGCUGAGUUGCACUGCAGACACGCAGAGACAGAGGCGGAAUACCUUCAAGCAGCGAACGAGCGGCGGCGCAGCCGCGAGGAGUUCCUGCGUAAUGUCGAAGUCAGAAGAAAGGAAGAGCAGGAUAGGUGGGCAAGAGAGGAGGCUGAGUGGGCAAAUAGAAGAAGAGGCCAAUUGCCUCAAGGAAGGUCCUGAAAGGCCAUGUUAAGUCGGC